AUGUCGCACGGCAAGCAGUUCACUCUCUUCAGCCUUAAGCCUGGCCCGAACGGAUGGCAUGUCGCCUUCAUCCUCGAAGAGCUCGGCCUGACCUACGAGAACGUGUUUCCCAACUUAGACGUUACAGCGCAUCAGGGCCCUGAGGACCUCGUCAAAUACAACCCGAACGGUCGUAUCCCUGCGCUCAUCGACCACGGCAACAACGACUUCGUCAUCUGGGAGUCCGGUGCGAUCAACCAGUACAUCGUCGACAGGUACGACAAGGAGCGCAAGAUCUCUCUCGCACCCGGCACAGAGGAGUACUACACCCAACUUCAGUGGCUGUACUUCCAGGCUUCCGGCCAGGGUCCGUACUUCGGCCAGCUGGUCUGGUUCGCCGCCUACCACCCGGAGAAGCCGCAGAGCGUCCUCGACCGCUACACGAACGAGAUCAAGCGUGUGUUCGGCGUCCUUGAGGGCGUGCUCUCGAAGCAAGAGUGGCUUGUCGGCAACAAGCCCACCGUCGCAGACAUCUCCUUCUGCAGCUGGAACGAGAUCAUCACUACCACUGUCCUCCAGAACUUUAACUUCGAGAAGGAGUUCCCCGUCACUGCCAAGUGGCACAAGAAGAUUCUCGCGCGCCCUGCCAUCAAGAAGGUUUGGGACGAGCGCGCCAAGCUGCUUGCUCAGGGGUAAAGUUCGCACGGGUUGUUGCGUAGUAUACUCUUCGGAAAGUCAGAAUGCACUGGAUAUAAACGCACUUUCAGUCGUGGCUCGUAGAUGAAAACCACACUUUUGCUGUCUGGAAUCGAUAAUCUGAGCAAGGACUUGAAUUGAUCUGGGAUAAGUACG